AUAGUGCCAACCCAUCAACACAACUUAUCCAUCCAAACCCAUUUUUCUACAAGAAAAUCAAGCUCACAAAACUAAACUGGAUUAUUACACCUAACAAAGCAUUUGGAAAAAUAUCAAGCAUUGACAACCAA